GCCUGCUGCUGACUCCGGGCACAGUGAAGACGCCCUUAGCAACAACACACAGCUGCGUCGAAUAAGAUACUCCUACCGCAGAGACAGAAGGAUUAAACACCGCAGCUUUAUUGUGCUGAGUACAGGUGAAGCUCUUCUACGAAGACGAUGCAUCGCUCAUUUCUGCACUCAGCAUGAAGCUCGAGUGCAGCUAGCGAGCUAGCCUUCUUUGGCUAGCUACCUCGAAGACGAGCGAAGCAGCCCCAAGCUGUCCCGGAGGAGGGCAAAAUACGGGGGGUACAACGAGUUGCUGGCAUUGCUGUUUGCUAACUACAAAGUCAGCUAACCGGGAAUAAGCACGGGAAUGGUGCUCUGGAUCGACUCACUAUACCGACAGAGAGAGGCGAGGGGCACACGGCUCAGACCACCAAGCUGUAAUAUUUGGACUCAAACUAUUUUUAACAGAGGGAGCGGCUCUCCGGCGGACGAGUGUUUUUGUGGCUGUGCGAGCUAGCUGGCUAGCUAAGCGAGAGAAACGACCCCCACCACUUUCAGGUUUUCCAAACCGCAGCCAGUGCUAAUGAUAGCCAGGGCGAGUGUGUGAGCAGCACACUGAAUACACAACUGUGCGGUUUGAGUAAAACAAGGAUAAAUUACAGUCAAAGCUAAGAGGAGCGUUAGCUAAUCACAAGGAGAAAAUAACUUGAGUCAGUUCAGUCGAAACCACAACUCGAGGAUUGUUGGGACUCCAGUUUUGUCUGUAGCAAACUGCCAAUCACGGCAAAGUUAACCAAGUUUGCAACGUGUGACUGUAGUUCAAGUUUUUGCUUUCCACUUUUUUAUUCGAGGAUAUUUUUCACUUCGGAUGCUGGCAUCACAUAUUAAUUGCAAUCAUGAUGAUUAUAAGCAGAAAACCAGAGGGCCCAAUAGUAACAGCACGCCAUGGAGAUGGUCUGUAUGACUCCUACAUGAGAACAGACCACAUCCUUAAAGACGAAGCAGACACAAAUAGUCCAUCAGGACUGCCCCCCAUGCCCAAACACACAGUUGUCAGUAACAAGACGGUAAUGAGGGAUCAGGUCACUGUGCGAGGUAGCCAGCUGAAGGUCAAGUACCUGUAUGAAGACUCCACCAACAACCGAAAGAUCAAUGCCAUAACCACAACAACAACUCAGAACAGUGGGUCCACUGGUCAGACACCCAGUAAACCUGCCCCAGUCUCCAGCCUGUCUAAGGAGCGCAGUGUAGACAGCACUGAAUCCAGUAAAGGCUCCAGUGAAUCCUCGGGCCCACACGCUGUUGUUAACGGAGGGAACAGCGGGAAGAUGUGUGGCCCUCUCACCCCUGACCAGGCUCUGAGACUGUACCGAUCACAGCUGACCACCCUGGAGCAGACGGAGAUCCACUCUUACCCAGACGUCUACUUUGUGGGACCCAAUGCCAAGAAGAGGCCUGCCGUCGCUGGAGGCAACAACAACUGUGGCUAUGAUGAUGAGCAGGGUGGAUACAUUCAUGUCCCUCAUGACCAUCUGGCUUACCGCUACGAGUUCCUCAAGAUUAUUGGUAAAGGUAGCUUUGGCCAGGUGGCUAAGGUAUACGACCAUAAACUGCAGCAGCACCUGGCUCUGAAAAUGGUGCGCAAUGAGAAGCGUUUCCACCGGCAGGCACAGGAAGAGAUUCGCAUCCUGGAGCACCUGCGCAAGCAGGAUCGUAACGGCACCAUGAAUGUCGUGCACAUGCUUGAACACUUCACCUUCCGCAACCACAUCUGCAUGACCUUCGAGCUGCUGAGCAUGAACUUGUAUGAGCUUAUCAAACGCAACAAGUUCCAGGGAUUUAGCCUACCACUGGUCAGAAAGUUUGCACACUCCAUUCUUCAGUGCCUGGAGGCCCUGAGCAGGCACAGAAUCAUCCACUGUGACCUCAAGCCAGAAAACAUCCUGCUCAAGCAGCAGGGACGCAGUGGCAUCAAGGUGAUUGACUUUGGCUCCAGCUGUUUUGAACACCAGCGAGUGUACACCUACAUCCAGUCUCGUUUCUAUCGAGCCCCAGAGGUGAUCCUUGGUUCACGUUACGGCCUUCCUAUUGACAUGUGGAGCUUCGGCUGCAUAUUGGCUGAGCUGCUGACUGGCUACCCCCUGUUCCCUGGUGAGGAUGAGGGUGACCAGCUGGCCUGUGUUAUGGAGCUGCUGGGCAUGCCUCCACAGAAGGUGCUUGAGCAGUCCAAAAGGGCAAAGAACUUCAUCAACUCAAAGGGCCACCCACGCUACUGCGGAGCCACCACCCUGCCCACAGGGGCCACUGUGCUGACAGGAUCUCGGUCUCGCCGUGGCAAGAUGAGAGGUCCUCCAAGUAGCAAAGAGUGGAGCGCUGCGCUCAAGGGCUGCGAGGACCCCACCUUUACUGACUUCAUAAAGAAGUGUUUGGACUGGGACCCCUCGUCUCGUCUCACCCCUAGCCAGGCCCUCAGACACCCUUGGCUGUAUCGUCGCCUACCCAAGCCCCUGCCUGGGACCGAUAAGAGCCCAGGGGCCACAGUGAAAAGGCUUCCCGAGCACCACAGCACCUCCUUCCCCUCUAUCCUGGCCAAAGGGGGGCCUGGAUUAGGCACCGCAACUGCCAACAACAAACUGAGGAGCAACAUGAUGGGAGAUUCUGGAGAGGCCAUACCUCUUCGCACGGUCCUACCAAAACUUGUCUCUUAGAGAGAGAGUCCCGUAAUCUCCUCUCUUCUUCCAAUUUUUCCUCCUCUGAGCUCCUCAGGAGGAGUCAGAGUACAGGAAAAAGUGGGGUUUAGGUUUUAAAACUUGUUUGGUUGUUCUUUUAUUUGUUUCUACUGAGAGGUGUCGACACCCCAGUUCCUGGUUUUUAAUAUUAGCUGAACAGAGACAGAGAGAGAGAAUAAAAAAGUUUUUAUACAGAGGAUUUUCUGCGGCUGUGGAGUUUCUAUAUACAGUCAUUGAUAAGGUUUGAUUUAGAUAAUGCUUUUUAAAAACCUCCUUGUGUGAGUGGACAGCUUCCUAAAUGAGCAAAUGUUUUUAACUUGCGUGUGUUCUCACGUGAGUGUUGUGUUUUUGAUAGCAUGCACUCAAGCACACCUGCACUGUCACUUGCCUCACUUGCCGCACUCUUUCUUAACACUCAGAGGACGCCACCCUCUCUCGGGACGUGUUUAUAUGAGUUUAUAUGAAGCUUGAAAAGGGCUACAGAGUUUACUCUUAUCAGGUUAGAGUUACAAAAGAUCAGUUAAGCCAACAUAUUUAAUAGAAAAGAAAUGAAUCAUGCCUCUAAUGUUUGGGCCCUGCGCACACUGAAAUAAUUAUCACUUGGAUAUACACAACAGAAAGGCCUUAACACAAGUAGUGAGGGAUCGGCUUCAUGUAUUGACUAAUUACAACAAUGUUUUUUUUUAGCAAUAACUCUUCACAUCUUUGUCUUUUCUAACGGCACUCUUUUCCUACCGUUCCUGAUCGCUGGUGCUUGCAUGUUGGCUCGGUAUGUGAUGUUAGUAUGUACGUGUGCUUUAGCUUUGUGGUGCUACUGUGGGAGACGUUAAGAGGGCGUAGGAAAACCUAUUUACACACCCCUGCCACCGCCCCGCCCCUCCUGUCCUCUAUACUCCCCCAUUUGCGUGAAAAGAGGCAGUAGCUCCACUCAGACUGUCGCAACAACGUCACGUCACACUUGGUACUUCACGAACUGGUUUGCGUGAGACUGCUGUGUGAGGCUACCUCACAGAAACUUAUAUAGCAUGCAUAGACCGAAGGGGGGUGGGGGCUUCGGGUCAUUGCACAUACACACCUGUGGGGUGGAAAGUCAGCUUUAUGAAGAAAGAAUUUGUAUGAAUGUCACCUGCCCACACCUCUAAUUGGCUGCUGUGAUUGUUGGCAGUAGUGCGUUAAUCCUAAUGGAAGAACAGUGCAAGGUGAGAAAGAUGGGGCGGGGGGGGGGUAAAAUGAAGGGUGGUAUGUUUAAUGGGAGCCAAGCUUUUUCUUUUUCUAUCGGGGAGGUGCAUAAGAGUUGACAGGAUGGUUCAGUGACAAAGGAAGGUUUUCAUGGUACUGAAGAGAGAAGUGUAUCUCAGGGAGACAUACUUGAUACAUCCCUUAAUCUUGCAUUAAACUGUGUUCCACUUAGAGUACUCUGUCCCGAACGUGGAUGAACACGCAUGCAGCUCCGUCCGCUGAGAGCGAGAGAAUGCGUAUACGAGUGCUUGUGCGAAGGGGGUCUGCAUGCUCCACAAUCUGACCUAGAUUCUCUCUCUCUCCUCCCCCCGCGAUCCAUGUCUCUCUCGUUUCUUUCACUCUGUCUCAUGUAGGACAGGGAACCUCUUAAACACACACACACUUCUAGUGAAUUAUGGUGCUGUCCAAAAGUGCACACACACACGCACACAGAAACACGUCAGGUGCAUGUUGUACGGACCACACCGCUCAAAGAGUUCCUUCUCUCGUCCCCCGUUUCCGAAGUGAACAUGUCAGGGUUUUUUACUCUGUCUCCUUUUUUUUUUUUUUUUUUUUUUUUUAAUAGAAGUGGUUUCUAUUGCAAUUCAGUCCAGAUUAUCAGAAGAUGUAAAAUGCAAAAGUGGAAAAAGAGAAAGUUGUAUACUGUCAUGUUGUACUAGUGGUGUGCAUUAGUAGGAGGGUGUUUGGUGUUCCAGCAUGAAAUCACAACCAGUUAUCAGACUGAGUGACUAUGACAAGAGAAACUGUACAGUAACCAAAUGAAGUUGUGAUAGUUUCUUUUUCUAAAGAAAAUAAAAAUGAUUAUUAACUGAAAA